AUGGGAGAAUUAGGUGCGCUUGGAUGCACUAUUAAGGGUUAUGGAUGUGCUGGUGUAUCAUACGUAACUUAUGGAUUAAUUACAAGGGAAUUGGAUGGUGUGGACUCAGCUUAUAGAUCAGCUAUGAGCGUACAAAGUAGUUUAGCUAUGGGGGCUAUUUAUAUGUAUGGGACUGAAGAACAGAAGCAAAAAUUCCUGCCAAGGAUGGCAAAAGGGGAAUUAAUAGGAUGUUUUGGAUUAACUGAACCAAAUUUUGGUAGUGAUGCAGGAGGGCUUGUGACAAAAGCUAAAUACGACUCUAAAUCAAAAAAUUUUAUACUUUCUGGUUCAAAAACUUGGAUUACGAAUUCACCAAUAGCAGACGUUUUAAUAAUUUGGGCAAAGGAUGAAGAAAACAAAGUAAGGGGAUUUAUAGUUGAGAGGGCACAAGUCAGUAAAGGUCUCGAUACGCCUCGAAUCGACGGUAAAUUUUCUUUGCGGGCGUCUGCGACGGGCAUGAUAUUGCUCGACGAAGUUGCUAUACCGGAGGAAAAUUUAUUGCCAAACGUCGUCGGUUUAAAAGGACCUUUCGGAUGUCUCAAUAAUGCCCGGUAUGGAAUCGCUUGGGGCGCACUCGGUGCGGCCGAAACAUGUUUGCGGAUCGCCAGACAGUACACAUUAGAUAGAAAGCAAUUUGGUAGGCCACUUGCUUCAAACCAACUCAUACAAAAAAAGAUGGCUGACAUGGUUACGGAGAUAAGCAUUGGUUACCAGGCAUGUUUACAGGUCGGACGCUUGAAAGAUAAGGAUUUAGCAGCGCCCGAAAUGAUAUCGCUAAUUAAAAGGAAUAGUUGCGGUAAAGCUUUAGAAAUUGCUAGAGUUGCUCGAGAUAUGCUGGGAGGAAACGGAGUUUCGGAUGAAUACCAUGUUAUAAGGCAUGUGAUGAAUCUUGAAGCUGUUAAUACAUAUGAGGGCACACAUGAUAUUCAUUCCUUAAUUUUAGUAUUGCUGCAAGCCCAAAUAUUUUAUAUUCUCGUUGUAAGAUUCUAUCAACUUGCUUUGGAGCCGGCAAUAGACCUACACUUGAAGUGGUUUCUACUUUAUUUGAACGUUCUAUACUCGCAGUCGGAAUAUCAGUCGCACGCGGAACGGCAAAAGCGCGAGGUUAAGAUCAUCAAGGAUAAUUAUGUAACCAAGACGCACCUAGAAGAGCUAAAGAAAGAUAAAUCUUUCUUAAAAACAUCCACAUCACCAGCUCAUCAUCAUAAGGUAGGUAGAAGGUGCAGUGCAUUCUUGUUGGAUGUGGGUACUACGUUCGGCGACAGUGGGCCGAUGGGCUUGUCGCACGAGUUAUCAACAGCUGAUGUACCGUUACAAACAACUGACGUACAGACAGAGACGGAAAAGAUAGCUAUCGCACAAGUAGCUAGUCGUGCUCGUGAUAGUGUCGAUGCACUCGCACCUGUGUCAGAUAUGCAUAAGGCUGACCUCUUUACAUCUGGAGGCGUGACUGCUUAUAACGGUGCGGAUGGGCGGCAAUCAUUCAGCGCAGGAGGCGCUAAAACAACUCCAAUUCCAAUGCAGAACUCACCGAGUAAAAGCAGGAUGAAUGAUGACAAAACAAUUGUAGUGAAUAAGUUCUCUAACAAUAAUAACGCAAUAAAAGAUACAUCUUGUGAUGGUAAUUUUCAGUCUUCGCUAACUAUGGCCGAAAUGUUGAAAAAAGGUGAAGCUUGGAAAAAUGAAGAACCGCCAGAGGCCUGGAUAAAAGUUCAAAAGCGCAGAUUGCGUAACCGUUUUAUAGGAAUCUACGAUGCAGAGUUAUUUGACUCUCGGUAUAACGUGUACCGUAACGAUCGUGACUAUGAUAAUUUAACUGUUAAAAAGGGACCAUGA